UAUUAUGGCUUCCUUCGGGGUCCAGGUGAGCGCUGACGGCUCUGCUAAUGAAAUCCCCGAAAUACCUGACAACGUGGGAGAUUCGUUUAGGGGCGUCUACCGCUUUGCCACUGAUAGGAAUGACUUCCAGAGGAACUUGAUCCUCAAUUUGGGACUCUUUGCUGCGCGAGUUUGGCUGGCCAGGAACUUGAGUGACAUUGACCUCAUGGCACCUCAGCCAGGGGUGUAGCCAAGUAGACAAAUGGAAUCCUGUGCUGAGCCUGAACCUUCCAAAAAACAGCCUACAAUCUGUGACCAUCACAAGAUGUGCCCUGUUGGCAGCUGAAGUUUGAUUCAGAUGGGCACUUUCCUUUUCUUUAUCCCUCCCUAGUUUCCUUUUGUUC